AUGGCGAAUGACACGAAAAUGGCAGGUGCGUCUCGCAGUUACUUGUACCUCAGCAUGGCCGUCGUGCCGUUGCUUGUCGUGCUGCUCGCCAGACGCAGGCGCUCGGGCUCGGCCAUGGCGCACGGCGGGCUACGGCUGCCUCGCGGGCCGUGGCAGCUGCCGGUGAUAGGCAGCCUGCACCACAUCGCCGGGAAGCUCCCGCACCGCGCGAUGCGCGACCUGGCGCGUCGCCAUGGGCCGGUCAUGAUGCUCCGGCUCGGCGAGGUGCCCACGCUGGUGGUGUCGUCGCCGGACGCGGCGCGGGAGGUGAUGAAGACCCACGACGCGGCGUUCGCGACGCGGCCGCUGAGCACCACCGCACGCGCGGGCACCAGGGGCGGCAUGGACAUCGCCUUCGCGCCGUACGGGGACCGCUGGCGCCGGCUCCGGAGGGUCGCCGCCACGGAGCUCCUCAGCGCGCGCCGCGUCCUCUCCUUCCGCUCCGUCCGCGAGGAGGAGGUCGCCUCGACGCUGCGCGAGGUCGCCGGCGCCGCGGCGGCCGGGCGGCCCGUGGAGAUGCACGCGGCGCUCGCCGCGCUCGUGGCCGACUCCAUCGUCCCCGCCGUGAUCGGCGGCCGGUGCAGGGACCGCGACGCGCUCCUCCGUGAGCUCGAGCGCUCCAACGAGCUCGUGACCGGGUUCAACCUGGUGGACGUCUGGCCGUCGUCGCGUCUGGCCGGCCGUCUCAGCGGCGCCGUGCGCGCGAUCGAGGAGAGCGUCGACAGGGUGUUCGGCAUCCUCGACGGCAUCAUCCAGGAGCACAUGGAGAAGGCUACCGCCGGCGCCGGCGCCGGCGCCGGAGCCGCCACCGAGGACUUUCUCGACGUGCUGCUGAGGAUACACAAGGAGGACGGCCUCGAAAUGGACGCCAUCAAAUUCGUCAUUUCGGACGUGUUCGGCGGCGGCAGCGAGACGCCGAAGACUUUGCUGGAGUGGACGAUCGCAGAGCUGAUCCGGAACCCGACGGUGAUGGCGAAGGCGACGGCGGAGGUGAGGCGCGCCUUCGCCGCGGCCGGCACCGUGUCGGAGGAGGGCGGCGCGCUCGGCGAGCUCCGGUACCUGCGCCUCGUCAUCAGGGAGUCGCUCCGGCUGCACCCGCCGGUGCCGCUGCUCCUCCCGCGCGAGUGCCGUGUCCAUGGCCUGCAGGUGCUCGGCUACGACGUGCCGCGCGGAACGCAGGUGCUCGUCAACGCCUGGGCGAUCGGCCGCGACGAGCGGUGCUGGCCGGCGCCCGAGGAGUUCAGGCCGGAGCGGUUCGGCGACGGCGAGGCGGCCGCUGGGGUGGAUUUCAGGGGCGCCGACUUCGAGCUCGUGCCGUUCGGCGCCGGCCGGCGGAUGUGCCCCGGGAUAGCGUUCGCGCUCGCCGGCCUGCUCUUCCACUUCGACUGGGAGCUGGCACCCGGCGGCGGCGUCGCCCACCCGGCCGAGCUGGACAUGACCGAGGUGUUCGGCGUCACCGCGCGCCGGAAGGCUCCCCUCCUGCUUCGCCCCAUCCUCUGCAUGCCCGUGCCCGGUGUCUAAUGCCAUAUAUACCGACUGAAAACACCCUCCGUCCAAAAAUAAAUAAAUAAUAAUUUCUGACUACGAAUUUAAAUAUAGUCUAUGUGAUUAUGUCUAUAUUUGUAGCUUGAAAUUGAUUUUUCUUUAAACAG